UCGGUUACCGGACUCGGUACGGUAUAUCGGGCCGGAUCGAUAAUGUUCGAGUGAUGAAAAAAGGUUAUGUGGACUGUUACGGUCACGUGAUAAUUGUUAUUAUCGUCGACGGGGCAACUUGGACUGGUUUUAAUGACCAUUGUUAAUAAUUUCUAUUUUUUCAUGGGCAUAGAUUUCCUAGGACAUUGAAACUUCAUGCCACAAAAAAGUCAAUCGAUGCCGAGACAACGGUCAUACAAAAUAAUAAUCUCCCCCAGAAAAAUUAUGGCCAAACUUCUCGAAAGAAAAACGAACUCCCAACUGCCUAGCGCGAAGCCACAUUAAAAACAAAAUAACGUAAGGUCCCCCCCAUUCCUUUCGCCACAAAAUCAAUUUCAAAAUGAAAGAUCAACAAAAAGAUGGCCGCGCCUCGAGCAAAAUGAGGGAAGUGUGUCAUUUAUUCAGCACAUUCAAGGACAAAUCGCUCGAAUGGCUUUACCAGAGUUUCAGUGUCAAACAGAAAAGAGCAGGACUGCAGUGUUUCCUGGUCACGGCGAUUUUAUUCGACAUCUAUAUGCUCGUGGUCCCAAACGCACAAGAUGUUGGCACCUACACAUUCAUGGCUGUGUUCUUGGUAAUGAACACGUUUCUGCUCAUAUGGUGCAAAAAAGGUUUUGAAAACGAAGUCUUAUGGGCAGCAUUUCCGCAUGUCAGUUGGCAUAUCGCCAACACCCAAGUCUUAGCCGCACUUUUCCUAAAUAAAAACGAUGUAACCUCCAGAGAUAGCCUGGGAUGGGUGUUACUUCUCGACUACCUUGUAUACGUCACGCUGCCGUUGAGGCUAAGAUAUUGUUUCAUUCUAAGUGUAAUGACGUGUCUUUCGUAUACUGCGGCGCUAAUCUAUCUCACCGUAUCGGAUCUUCAUAUGAUUGAACAGCAUGUUGCAAACGUGGUUUUAUUGAUAACCUCCAAUAUCCUCGGUCUUACGUCCUACCUUCUGGAGGACAAACAGCAGAGGCGUGCUUUCUUGGAAACGAGACAAUCCUUAGAAGUUAAGCUCGUCAUUGAAGAACAAAGUGCCGAACAAGAACGGUUGUUGCUGUCUGUCCUGCCGGAACACGUUGCGGUCCAAAUGAGGCAGGACCUCGACCAAGCCGACAGUCAGUUUAAGAAAAUUUACAUGAGUCGGCAUGAAAAUGUCAGCAUUCUGUAUGCCGACAUCGUGGGGUUUACCGCCAUCUCGUCCACCUAUUCCGCACAAGAGCUCGUGAAAAUGCUGAAUGAAUUAUUUGCACGCUUCGACAAGCUCGCAGAGAAAUAUCAUCAGCUGCGGAUAAAAAUACUAGGCGACUGCUACUAUUGCAUCAGCGGUGCCCCAGUGGAGCGUCCCGACCACGCUGUCCUCUGCGUUCAUAUGGGUCUGUCGAUGGUAAAAGCUAUCAAAUAUGUACAACAAACUGCGAAUUCACCGGUAGACAUGAGGGUGGGAAUACAUACGGGGGCGGUUCUGGCUGGCGUAUUGGGGCAGAGACAGUGGCAAUUUGACGUUUAUUCGAAAGACGUCGAACUGGCCAACAAAAUGGAGAGCAGCGGUCUAGCGGGGCGAGUUCAUAUUUCUGCCACAACAUUGUCGUUCCUGAGCGGGGAAUUUGAAGUGGAACCCGCGUACGGCGAAAAAAGGGACGAAGCACUGAGGAUAGCCGGCCUAAAAACGUAUUUCAUUGUGAGAGUUUUGAAGCCGUUUGAACCCCAAAUGGAUGUUCAGAAUGGCGAUACGAUUAUUCCCGACGCCGAUAGUUGUGUGAUAUCGGACCUUAAAGGGGACAAAGAGGACCAGGCAAAUGGCAUAGAGUCAAACAGAGCGAGAGAAGACUCCGCAGACUUCAAAAUCCGACUCCGCAAAGAGUUAGUUAACCGAGACGGCCACAAGGAAUUGUCUAAAAACACAAAGUUUGUUAGUCUGGCCUUCACAGAUCCCCAAAAGGAAAAAUCAUAUCACGUUCAUACGGAAACGUUUUCUAGUUUUACGUUGUUCAUGUUUUUCAUAGUGAGAUUAGCGAUAGGACUGAGUAUGUUUAUAGUAUUGCCGAGCGACCUCUCUGUAGAUAUUACCUAUUGCGUGGAAAAUGUAGUGUUUAUAAUCCUAGUUUUGAUAGCCAUAGCAGAGGAAUUUCCAGCUGUGUCAAGAUGUUGGACAACGUUUAAAGAGUCCAUGCUACUUAGACGAAUACUGUCAACAAUGUGCGUUAUUCUCAUAGGUACUAUCAACGUUGUAGAUACGAUUUCCUGCGUUCGAAUUCAGGAAGCCACGAACCGAGAAAAUUGUUCAGACACGGACAAUAUUAACGAGGCCUGCUUAUAUCCAUCCUACUUCACGUACUUUGCCGUCUUGAUACUCAUUGCGUCGUCGUUGCCGGCCUGCCUCUCGUACUUGUGGAAAACUUUUUUAAUGGUUAUUAUUUCGGCCUCACAAUGCUUUGUGAAUAUCUUUGUGCUGCCAGACACACUCGACUGCGGCGAAAGCGAGGAUUACGGAACACACUGGACCAGUUUAACGAAGGGGAAAUCCUCGCUGUCUGGUCUUCUGCUCACCGCAACUCUGGCUUUAGCGUUCCUGGCGAGACACAUGGAGCAGGUAGCUAGAGUUUUGUUCCUCUGGCGCUCGGAAGUCGAGGAGCAACGCCACUGUGCGGAAGAUAUGAAACGGAGGAACGAAGCUCUGGUGUAUAACAUUUUACCGCCGCACGUGGCGGCUCAUUUUAUGGGAAAUAAAAACAGAAGUCAUGACGAACUAUACUCCCAGAGUUACGCGGAGGUGGGGGUUUUGUUCGCCUCGAUGCCUAAUUUUUCAGACUUUUAUUCAGAAGAAACUGUAAAUAAUCAGGGGUUAGAAUGUUUGAGGUUUCUAAACGAAGUAAUUUCAGAUUUCGAUGCGCUGUUAGAGCUUCCCCAAUAUCAAGAUAACAUAAUAAAAAUAAAGACAAUCGGCUCGACUUACAUGGCAGCCAGUGGCCUAAAUCCAACGAGACAAAUAAAGCCCGACGACCCAACCGAAAUUAGAUGGGCUCACCUCGCCCUACUAGUAGAAUUCGCGCUUGAUUUGAAAAAAGCGUUGCAGAGCAUCAACGAGCAGUCAUUCAACCACUUCGUGUUGAAGUUAGGUAUAAACCACGGUCCUAUCACUGCUGGGGUUAUAGGGGCUCGCAAACCCCAUUACGAUAUUUGGGGUAACACUGUUAACGUUGCCUCAAGGAUGGAAAGCACUGGCAAAGUCGGAUGCAUUCAAGUUACCGAAGAGACCUGCCAGAUUCUGCAGGCGUUCGGUUAUCAGUUCGAGCAACGAGGCUUGGUGGCGGUAAAAGGCAAAGGCCAGCUAAUGACAUACUAUCUGUUAGGAAAGGCCGGUAAGAUCACUCCGCCAACGGUUCCUGUCUCUCCUGAAAUCGGAGUCUCAACCAUGGAAACUGUAAACGAAGAAGACGAAUCGUCGAAGUCGGACGAGAAAACUGUUAUUGAAUGCUCCGACAAAGUAGACGACGAAGUUUUCAAUUUUGAAACGGAAAACUCUGAGCAGGAACAAAAGGAGGACGAAAACCAGUCGAAGGAUUCGAAUGAAGCCACUUUGCUAUUGAGUAACUGCGAUUCCUAAUUUCUAUUAUAUUGAUUGAGGUGAUUAUUUAACGCGAGAAUUUUACGUAUUCUAACUAGCUGUACUAGGUUGUGAAUAAUUCCUAAAUAAGCAAGGCGGGGAAGAUGUUUGUAAAAAAAUAUAAAACGCGAGAAUGUAUAUAAAUAAAUUGAUCUGGAAGCAUCUAAAAACGUUCAUCGUAAAACCCCUAUAGUACUAAGUUGUAUACAGCUGAAAUAGGAGCCAACUAGGGACAAGGUACAAUCAUGGAUCUCCAAUAGGAUCUAGGAUUCGAGUUUUAUGAUUGUUUAACAUAUCGUAAUGAUUUCGUAGUUGUUUUUUUUAAUUAAUUUUCUAAAGGGUUGUUUGCUCUCCAUUAGAUACAUACGUAGUAAUCUUGAAUAAUCAAUACUCAAUAUAGAAGUUUUAACACGUUUUUAAAGUCAUUUUGGGAUUGAUAUGUACAUUACCGUCAAUGGUGGUUGCAAACACAUUAAAUUCAAAAGACAAAAGGAAAUUCAUUGAGCCAUUGAAAUAUGGAGGGGAUUACUAUAUUACUAUAUAUUCAAAACAUCGUAGAGAGUUUAUUGAUUACAUGUCUAAUGAGAACUUUAAAAUUGUAUUUUUAGUACAUCUGCAAUUAACUAGAACUCUCAAUUAUAUAUAUUUUUCAAUUUUUAGCUUAAUUUGAUUACUGUAAGAUAGCAGACCUAGCAAUGAUUUAAGAGAUCCUAAAGUAAUUUUUACAGGUUUUUAGUGAAAUCGAAAGCAAAUCUAUAAUUUUACUUGUUUAACUCUAAAAUAUAACUUUAAUAGCCGUUGUUACAAGCUCAACAACGCCGAAGUUAAAUAUUGGUAGCAAAAACCUGACGUGUUAAAACGUAGAAACUAACUAACUAAAACUAAAAAUAAAUGAAACUCUGUAUCGAUAUGCUCAGAACGAUAUUUAUACCUAAAUCCUUUUUUAUAUAUGGCAAAUCUGCUUACUGUACAACCUGACCUACACCUAAAUUAUUGGUACUGAUAUUUUUUGAUCAAUAUUUAUGUUUAAACUACGGGAUCAAAUAAAAACGCUAAGUAACUGCAUAUAAUUUCGAAACGCACUUAAAGAAAUCUUGCCAACUGUGUAGACUAAGGUGUUAUUAGUAACAAUAA